GCUUCUUCAAUUUCAAUUUCGUGAGAGGGUUCUAGAAUUUGAUUGUUGCAUGUGUGUUUUUGCAACUUGUAACGUGGGGGUUGAUCCCCUUCAAAUUGAUAUCAGAACAGUGUAGUUUUGUUUGAAAGAUACAUAAGAUGGCUCAAGAAGGUCGAAACAUCAUGGAUGAGCAGGUUGUUGUUGGAGAGGAGAAAGGUUCGGUGAGAUUGGCUACACUAAACCGCCCUCGUCAGCUAAAUGUCAUCUCUUCUCAAGUGGUCCUCAACCUUGCAGAAUAUCUUGAAACCUGGGAGAAGGAUGACAAAACAAAGCUUAUAUUGAUCAAGGGUGCAGGGAGAGCUUUCUCAGCCGGCGGUGAUCUAAAGAUGUUUUAUGACGCCCGUGAAUCAAAGGAUUCUUGCCUUGAGGUUGUUUACCGAAUGUACUGGCUUUGCUACCAUAUCCACACAUACAAGAAGACACAGGUUUCUCUUGUAAAUGGGAUAUCGAUGGGUGGAGGUGCAUCAUUGAUGGUCCCAAUGAAGUUCUCUGUUGUGACAGAGAAAACUGUUUUUGCAACUCCAGAAGCAAGCAUUGGGUUUCACACCGAUUGUGGGUUCUCUUACAUUCAUUCACGUCUUCCUGGUCAUCUAGGAGAAUUCUUGGCUUUAACUGGGGCAAGAUUGAAUGGCAAAGAACUUGUAGCAAUUGGCAUGGCAACACAUUUUGUUCCUUCUGCUAAACUGGCUGAUCUGGAGGCAGGGCUUGUGGGUUUAGACUCUGGAGACAUGGAUGUAGUUCGGUCCACAAUUGAAGAGUUCGCCGAGAAAGUAGACCUCGACAAAAACAGCAUCCUUAACAAGCAGUCGAUAAUUGAUGAGUGUUUCUCAAAAGAAAGUGUGAAGCAGAUCAUACAAGCAUUUGAAGCUGAAGGGAGCAAAGAGGGAAAUGAGUGGAUAACUCCAAUCAUCAAAGGUCUCAAACGUUCAUCUCCCACAGGGUUGAAAAUAACCCUAAGAUCGAUUCGUGAAGGUAGGAAACAAACACUGAGUGAGUGCCUCAAGAAGGAGUUUAGAAUCACUGUGAAUAUUUUGAGGAGCAUCAUAUCACCUGACGUGUAUGAGGGUAUAAGAGCUCUGACCAUAGACAAAGACAAUUCUCCCAAGUGGAAUCCAGCGACGUUGGAUGAGGUAGCUGAGGAGAAGAUCAACUUGGUGUUUGAGCCCAUGGAGGGUGAUAUUGAGCUUCUUAUCCCUGAAACCGAAGCAAACAGGUGGGAAGGCAAAUACGAGACUUCAGGUUGUGCCUGAGAGAGUACGAUAGUAGAAGAGAAGAGAUGAUACUGUAUGUUGUUUUCGUUCAACUGCCAAGACUUUAUGCAAAACUCCGAAACUCCACCUAGUAUUUACUGUAUUAUUUACAUAAUGUGUUGUUGUCCAUGCAGUGAUGGUUUAAUAAGGGUUGUUAUGUCUGAACAAAUUUAUGUUUUCAUGGUUGUUAUUAGUGUCUAAAAUACAUAUGAUCAUACUAAA